AUGGCAUCUUCAUCAUCUUCUCCUUCUGCUCCGGCCUUUUCUUCUCAAUUGUGGAAGUACCAUGUUUUUCUUAGCUUUAGAGGAGAAGAUACUCGCAAGAAUUUUGUGGAUCAUCUCUACUCAGCUCUUGAACAACAAGGGAUCUACACUUACAAGGAUGACGAAACACUUCCCCGGGGUGAAUCGAUAGGUCCAUCCCUUGUGAAGGCUAUAGAAGAAUCUCAAAUUGCUGUCAUCAUAUUCUCUGAAAACUAUGCAGAUUCAUCAUGGUGCUUAGAUGAACUUUUAUGUAUUAUGAAUUGCAAAGAUAAGAAAGGUCAAGUCGUUAUGCCCAUAUUUUAUGACGUGGAUCCCUCUGAUGUGCGAAAACAAAAACGAAAAUAUGGAGAAGCAUUUUCAAAACAUGAGUUGGAGAACAAUAACAAAGUUAAAUCUUGGACACAAACAUUUGUGGAUAACCCUUGGGGAUGGCUCUUUGCACCACGAGAACAAAAACAGAAACACAGAGAAUCAUGUUCCAAACAGGAGUUGGAGAACAAGAAGAAAGUUGAAUCUUGGAGAAAAGCACUUGUGGAUGCAAGUAACAUUUCUGGAUGGGAACCCAAACACAUUGCUAAUGGGCAUGAAGCGAAGGUUAUCAACGAAAUUGUUGACACAAUUUCACAGAGGUUGCAGCUAGUAACUUCAAGUGCAAAUGAGAACCUGAUCGGACUAGCAAUUCGCAUGCAACAUUUUAAAUCAGAUUUACAAAUUGGAUCGGGAGGUGUGCGUAUGAUUGGAAUAUGGGGGGUUGGGGGUGGUGGUAAGACUACACUUGCAUCUUCUAUUUAUGAUGAAAUUUCUAGCAAGUUUGAUGGUUGCUGUUUUGUAAAAAAUAUCCGGGAUGAAUCAAGCAAGAAUGGUUUGGAAAAACUGCAAGAAAUAAUCCUUUCUAGUGUAUUGAAGAAAAAACAAGUGAAUGUAAUAUGGAGAGUUGAGGAGGGAAGACAGGUGAUAAUGGAUAGGUUAUGCCAUAGAAAGGUGUUGAUUGUUCUUGAUGAUGUCGAUCAGCUUGACCAACUAAAAGCAUUAGCUGGAUCACAUAAUUGGUUCGGUGAAGGAAGCCGAAUAAUAAUCACAACUAGAGAUGAACAUUUAUUAAAUGCACACAAAGUAAAUGUGAUGCACAAUAUUAGUUUAUUAAACGAUGAUGAAGCUAUUAAGCUCUUGCGCAAACAUGCAUGCCUGGACUACAGACCCAUGGAAGGUAUUGAAGAUUAUGAGCAGCUUUCAAAAGAGGUGGUGUCUUAUGCUGGUGGGCUUCCAUUAGCACUUACAGUUCUUGGUUCUUUUCUGUGUGACAAAAACAUUAAUGAGUGGAGGAGUGCAUUAGCCAGACUGAAAGAGAUCCCAAAUGAUAAUAUCAUUGAAACACUAAAAAUCAGCUUUGAUGGACUUACAAGGGCUGACAAACACUUGUUCCUAGACAUCGCAUGCUUUUUUAGGUCGGUGAAGAAAGAUACAGCAAUGGAGAUGCUCAAUGCUUGUGGUUUUCAUUCUGUUAUAGGAGUGAAGGUGUUGAUACAAAAAGCUCUCAUAACUAUUUCAGAAGAUGGAGAGUUUGAUAUGCAUGAUCUGGUGCAAGAAAUGGGACACCACAUUGUUAGAGGGAAACACCCUAAGAAUCCUGAAAAACAUAGCAGACUUUGGAGGAAGGAAGAUCUUCUAAAAAUAUGUGCUAUGGAUGCAACAAUGGAACUUGACAAGGUUGAAGCAAUAAAAGUUGAGAGUGAUAGAUUGCUAGAAGGACAAGUUCUUCCUCCAAUUUCUGCUAACAUGAAGAACCUUCGGUAUUUGUUCUGGAUAGGUGAUCCUGCAAAUCCAUUGCUUAAUAACUUCCCACCAAGGGAGCUUUGUUGUCUAAUAUUGGUUGGUGGCUUGCAAAAACAACUUUGGGAGGGCUGUAAGUAUCUACCAGCUUUGAGAAUCAUAGAACUUUAUUGUUUGGACCACUUAAUCAUAACACCAGAUUUUGAUGGACUGCCAAAUCUUGAAAAAUUGACGCUUGAAAGCUGCAUGCAUUUAGAAGAGAUUAAUCCAUCAAUUGGGCACUUGGAAAGCCUUGUUUUACUAUCUAUUGAACGUUGUGAAAGUUUUAAGAUAUUUCCACCCAUCACCCGGCUAAAGAAUCUCAAGACCCUUAUUUUCACACAGUGCUACAAACUUUUUAAACCCUCAGAGAUCCAACAACAAAACAUGGAAAAUUUACCACAUUUUCAUUUGGAUAAAGAAUUCUGUUUAGAGGAGCCUUGUUUACCUCCCAACAACAUCAACCACCACAUAGGGUCUCUGCUUUUUCACAACCUGCAAAAAGUCGGCUUCUUAAGAAAGUUGGAUCUCAGCCAGUGCAAUUUGGAAGAUGAAGACAUAGGUUCUACUGUUUGUGAGUUACCCAACUUGCAAGAACUCAAUCUUUCACGAAACAAGUUUUCGCGAUUAAGUUUUAGUCGCUUCCGGCUUCCUCGGCUCAAAUGGCUCAAUGUGAGAAACUGCUAUGACCUUGUAGAAUUGACAGAGCUUCCAUCAAGUAUAGCUGCUGUUAUGGCAGAUUAUUGCGACUCACUUGAAACCUUGGGUGAUAUUUCAAACUGUAAAUGGUUGUGGAAAGUCUCACUUUGGAUAGGGACCAAACUUUGUGGUGACAUAUUACUAGGCUCCAUGCUCCAGGGAAAUGCUAUUAAAGAUCACUUUAUCAGUGUCCAUCUUCCGCAUAAGAUUUCAAAGGCGUUUGUAAGUAGACUCUUGGGGUGUAACACAUGUGCAGUGCAUCUUCUACAUGAUAGGGGGAGCACAUUUACGCUGUGUCUUCCACAUGAUUGGUACAAUGAUUUUUGUGGGUUCUUAAUGUGUGUUGUUACCCGCUAUGGACUUAAGAAGAUUAAUAUAAUCAUCAAACCAGAGCGAGAUGAUCAAGAUCCUCCAUUUGAGGUCUCGCAGGAAUCUAACGGAGGAGCACUGGAGCAUGACACAUCAUUCAUAGGAUAUGUUUCCUUUAGUUCAUUAAAGCGAACUACUUUGCUGAAUCCAUCGUACAAUAUCCUUUCAUUUUCCACAACCACCAAGUAUUUGAGUUCAUUUACAGCUAAGCUCAUUCCUAGGAAAAGUAAACUUGACUCGAUGGAAACAACAAAAAUCGCAAUAGAUUGCUCUGAAUUUUGGGAUGAGGAAGAAGAUCAUAGUCCGACAUUUACCAUUAAACAAGAUUCAGAGUCUUCAACAAGUUCUGGUAUCAAGAUGACAAAGUCUAACACAAAAGAAAGCGUUGAUUCAGAGGCAGAUGUCGCCAAGAGACGUGAGGAGGCCGAACUCCUCAGUAAGGAGAACGCACAACAAUUUGGGGAGAUCUUGCAGACCAUCUCCGGCUGGAAGCGAACAAAGAUGAUGACCUAG